AUGUUUCUUCUCGUUUUUUCAGGUAUUGCAGCACAGCAAGCUCCAUCAGAUGAUUUAAUGAAAAUGAUCAAGCAAGAGCUUCAACUUCUCAAAGGAGACAUCAAACAACUCCAAAAAUCAGUUUAUUCAGAGUUCGAUAUCGAAGAAAAGGUCGAAGCACCUUCAAACGAUUUCUUAUUGUAUGACACUGGAUUUUUAAUUAGAAUGCCCGUAGAAGAUCACCCAAUUCAGAAACCACCAAUUAAAUUAUAUGAACAGUCUGAUUCAACAACAGAAAGCAGUUCCGAAUCUCCAAAUUCACUUGUUGAUGAUGUUUUCGUACCUCAGCAGGUUAAUUAUAGGAGCUCCGACGAUAAGAUUUCUGUUGUUCUUAACAAAAACAGUGUUUUUAAAUCCUUCUCCACUUCACCAAAGGUCUUAAAACAACCAAAUUCAGAAGAAAACUGGAUGGCGAUGGAUGAUAAGAUUGAUGUUACACUCAACAGAGAUCUUCCAUUACGUAGACCUUCUCCACAUCGUCCUGUAAUCGAACCCGUAAAUGUCAAGAAAACCAGAUGCAAUCCCCAAGUCGAAUACUGUUCAGUAAGGAGAGAUCCUGGGACUCAAAUUUAUCUCAAUGCACUUACCGAUCCUAAACACAUAACAAGACAAUCUUUCUCAUCUUUUAGAAACGAUGCUGAUGCAGAUAGAGAUAAGGCUCCAGUUACGGACAACACACUUUCAGGAUCAAAGAGUUUCUCUACUCAGAAGUCUCCACCCUUACGUCAACUGAAUUCUCAGAGACUUACUAUAGGCAAAAUAGGUACCAGGUAUCAAGAUUCAUAUUCUGAAUCAGAAUCACCUCCUUUAAACUCUCCACAGUUUCCUACGGAUGAUAAAAUUCCGUAUGUACUCAACAGGAGACCGGAAAGGCCAGACGUCCCAGUUCCAAAGCGUCCAUACAGUCCAUAUGCAAAGAAAAGAACUUCUCCACUGAUUGGCGAAAGGAAUGCAAGACCAGCUGCACCAAUAUUGGCAGUCCCACCUCCAAUUUUUAAACCAUCUCCAGUUAGACCUGGACCAAUAGAAGAUGUCACCCUCGAAUCAAUUAAAUAUAUGGAAAACACAGCACCCACACCCAUCGUCAUCCAACAACAACCAAAAGUAGCUUCGUUUGGCUCUAAAUCAAAAAAGACAGAUUUAGAUCUAAAUAUGGUCAACGAUCUCAAUAUGGUCAAUGAUCUCAAUAUGGUCAAUGACCUCAAUAUGGUCAAUGAUCUCAAUAUGGUCAAUGAUCUUAACCAAGCCAACGAUCUCAAUAUGGUUAAUGAUCUUAACCAAGCCAACGAUCUAAAUAUGGUUAAUCGCUGGUGA